AUGGCGUCAAGCGCCAAGCGCCACCGUAAAGUUCUCCGCGACAACAUCCAGGGCAUCACCAAGCCCGCCAUCCGUCGUCUGGCUCGCCGCGGUGGAGUAAAGCGCAUCUCUGGCCUCAUCUACGCGGAGACUCGCGGGGUGCUCAAGGUUUUCCUGGAGAAUGUCAUCCGCGACGCCGUCACCUACACCGAGCACGCCAAGAGGAAGACGGUCACCGCCAUGGAUGUGGUCUACGCUCUCAAGAGGCAGGGCCGCACUCUGUACGGCUUCGGAGGCUGAAUCCCAACAAUUACAAUAACAACCCAAAGGCUCUUUUCAGAGCCGCCCACAAUGCACUCAAGAGCUGACUUGUCUUGUGAAAAAGGCCCUCGUUAAUUCAUUAAGACGGUAGACAGAUGUUACAGGUUAUCAAAUUUUACACU